AUGUUCACCAAGGUCAUCGCCCUCGCUCUUGCCGCGGCCACCGCCGUCCAGGCCGGCUACAAGCACAACGGCACCGUCACCGAGGUCGUCGACAUCUGGACUACCUACUGCCCGGAGCCCACGCACAUCACCAUGAACAACCGCACCUACACUGUCACCGAGGCCUGCACCUUCACCAUCACCGACUGCCCCUGCACCGUCACCAAGGCCGUCCCUACCAACCCGGCCCAGAAGACCACCAACCCGGCCCAGCAGACGACCGCCCCGGCCAACAAGCCCGCUGCCCCGACGGUCGCUCCCGGCUCACCCGGCUCACCCGGCUCCCCCGGCUCUCCCGGCUCCCCCGGCGCGCCUGCCGUGGUCGCCGGUGCUGGCCAGAACACGGCUGCUUACGCCAUGGCCCUUGCCGGCGCCAUCGCCGCUGCUGCCGUCGCUCUAUAA